AUGAAGGAGAGCCGUUGGGUGAUGAGCCAAAGACUGGAGGGCUGGGAGCAGAUGAGGCACUUCCAGGUGCAGCGCCAGGCUCCAGACAUGUCCUGCUCUGAGAAGUGCCAGCAGUGCCGGCCCUGCGAGCCUUGCUGCCAGUCCUGUGGGCCCUGCCCGCUGGCCAGCAGCUGCACUGAGUGCUGUGUCAGGCAGUGCCAGAGCUCCCACGUUGUUAUUCAGCCGCCUGCUGUGCUGGUGACCCUGCCUGGGCCCAUCCUCAGCUCCUCCCCACAGAACACCGCCGUGGGAUCCUCCACCUCUGCUGCUGUUGGCAGCAUCCUGAGCUGUGAGGGAGUGCCCAUCAGCUCUGGGAGCUUUGACAUCUCCUGCAUCACCAACUGCUGUGGUGGCAGCAGGAAUCAGGUGCAGCGCCAGGCUCCAGACAUGUCCUGCUCUGAGAAGUGCCAGCAGUGCCGGCCCUGCGAGCCUUGCUGCCAGUCCUGUGGGCCCUGCCCGCUGGCCAGCAGCUGCACUGAGUGCUGUGUCAGGCAGUGCCAGAGCUCCCACGUUGUUAUUCAGCCGCCUGCUGUGCUGGUGACCCUGCCUGGGCCCAUCCUCAGCUCCUCCCCACAGAACACCGCCGUGGGAUCCUCCACCUCUGCUGCUGUUGGCAGCAUCCUGAGCUGUGAGGGAGUGCCCAUCAGCUCUGGGAGCUUUGACAUCUCCUGCAUCACCAACUGCUGUGGUGGCAGCAGAUGCUGUCGUCCCUGCUAA